CUUAGUGGCUGACUUAAUGACUGAGUGAGAGAAUGACAGAGGAGGAGUGGACUCUCUCUCUCUCUGCAGAAUUCUUCCAGUCCCUUCUGGCAGGCGAUUGGAACGGGAACAGCUUUUCUGUGAUUCAGGAUACACACACAAAGCAUUCUGGACACUGUCAGCUGACGCUCUGGGAAGAGAGCAGAGUCUUUGGAAAUAUGUGGACAGUUUAUUGAGUGAAGUUGAAGAGCUUUUGUGAAGUUGGGGGAAGAGGUACACUGAGUGAGUGAAAUUAAAGUGAACUUGGGACAGUGUGAUAGCUGGACUGGCUUUGUCCUGAUUGUUUGGAAGGACUAUGGCAGGGGCAGGCAUUACCAGGAAGGGUUCUGGGAGACCCUCGUACUACUACAGGUUUCUGGGACGCACUCGUCUCCAACGGCAACGCAGCAGGUCCCGCAGCCGCAGCAGACCAGCAGGCAGCAGGGCAGAAUCGCCCCCUGAGAGAACAGGCCGCAGACGGAGUAUGCCCGGUAGCGCCCCGGACAAGACCAUACCACCCAUGGAACCUGCCGCCGCCGCCACGCCCUUCAGAGUCACUGGCUUUCUGAGUCGGAGGCUGAAGGGUUCUAUAAAGCGUACUAAGAGCCAGCCCAAACUGGACCGUAACUCCAGCUUCAGACACAUCCUGCCUGGAUUCAGGAGUGUGGACAACGAGAGUUCUAAUCUGAUGCCGAGGCUGAAGGAGUCUCGCAGCCACGAGUCGUUGCUCAGCCCCAGUAGUGCUGUGGAGGCCCUAGACCUCAGUAUGGAGGAUGAGGUGCUCAUCAAACCUGUUCACAGCUCCAUCCUCGGACAGGACUACUGCUUCCAGGUCACCACCUCAACAGGAAGUAAAUGUUUCUCCUGUCGAUCUUCAUCAGAGAGGGACAAGUGGAUGGAGAACCUGAGGAGAGCUGUCCACCCCAACAAGGACAACAGCCGUCGGGUGGAGAACAUGCUGAAGCUGUGGAUCAUCGAAGCCAAGGACAUUCCGGCCAAGAAGAAGUACUUCUGCGAGCUGUGUCUGGACGACACCCUGUACGCCCGCACCACCUGCAAGCUCAAGACCGACAACGUCUUCUGGGGCGAGCACUUUGAGUUCAACAACCUCCCGGCUGCCAAGAGCAUAACGGUCCACCUCUACAAGGACUCGGACAAGAAGAAGAAAAAAGACAAGAACAAUUACAUCGGACUGGUCAACAUCCCAGUCGCCACGGUGACGGGGAGGCAGUUCAUGGAGAAGUGGUACCCUGUAAGCACUCCGACGCCCAACAAGGGGAAGACGCCAGGGCCCAUGAUUCGGAUCAAGGCCUGCUACCAGAGCAUGAACAUCCUGCCUAUGGAGAUGUAUAAGGAGUUUGCAGAGUACACCACCAAUAACUACAUGUUGCUGUGCUCUGUGCUGGAGCCUGGCAUCAGUGUUAAGAACAAGGAGGAGAUGGCUUCUGCACUGGUCCAUAUUCUACAGAGCACUGGCAAGGCCAAGGACUUCCUGACAGACCUGAUGAUGUCAGAGGUGGACCGGUGUGGGGAGAACGAGCACCUGAUCUUCAGAGAGAACACGCUGGCCACCAAGGCUAUAGAGGAGUACCUCAAACUAGUGGGGCAGAAGUACCUACAGGAUGCACUCGGUGAGUUUAUCAAGGCGUUGUAUGAGUCAGAUGAGAACUGUGAGGUGGACCCGUCCAAGUGUUCGUCCAAUGACCUGCAGGAGCACCAGAGCAACCUGAAGAUGUGCUGUGAGCUGGCCUUCUGCAAGAUCAUCAACUCCUACUGUGUGUUUCCACGGGAACUCAAGGAGGUGUUUGCAUCGUGGCGACAGGAGUGCAGUAGCCGGGGGCGACCGGACAUCAGCGAGCGUCUGAUCAGUGCGUCUCUGUUCCUGCGUUUCCUGUGUCCGGCCGUUAUGUCCCCGUCGCUUUUCAACCUGAUGCAGGAAUACCCUGAUGACCGCACCGCACGCACACUCACACUCAUCGCCAAGGUCACGCAGAACCUGGCCAACUUCGCCAAGUUUGGCAGUAAGGAGGAGUACAUGUCCUUUAUGAACCAGUUCCUGGAACAUGAGUGGACCAACAUGCAGCGCUUCCUGCUGGAGAUCUCUAACCCAGAGACCAUCUCUAAUACGGCAGGGUUUGAAGGUUACAUAGACCUGGGACGGGAGCUGUCCACCCUGCACAACCUGCUGUCAGAGGUCGUCUCUACCAUGGACCAGAGUUCCGCCUCCAAGCUAGGCCCCCUACCCAGGAUCCUCCGGGAGGUGAACACAGCGCUGACCAACCCGUCCAGCAUGACCAUGAACAUGACCGCUCCGUCCUCCUCUGACCGUAUGGGGUCACCGCCCAAUGCCGGGGCAGGCUGCAGCAUCUCCACCGGCCUACAGAAGAUGGUCAUCGACAAUGACCUUUCAGGGUUGGUAGACUUCACCCGGUUACCUUCCCCCACCCCGGAGAACAAGGAACUCUUCUUUGUCACCAGGAACGCUGGGAUCCAGCCCACCCCGGCCCGCAGCUCUAGCUACUCUGAAUCCAAUGAGCCCGACCUGGGCAUAGCCAACGGCAGCAAGAGCCUGUCCAUGGUGGACCUCCAGGACCCCCACAGCUUAGAGAGCGGCCCAGGCCCUGGCCCCUCAGACGGCCUGGGAGAGGGCAUCAUUCCUGGGGGAGUGUGGUCGGCCCGAACCCCUCAGGGGAACAUCACUGGAGGUCCUACUCUGAGAAGGCCCGUCCAGACCCCCACCACCCCCGGAUCGGAGAGCGCCCCAGGCAGACCUGCUCAGCUUCUAGCCCCCCUGUCCUUCCAGAACCCUGUCUACCAGAUGGCGGCAGGGCUGCCCUUGUCGCCACGGGGCCUGGCCGACUCGGGUUCUGAGGGCCACAGCUCCCACAGUUCCCAUAGCAACAAUGAGGAUGGGCCAGGAGGAGGAGGGGGGAUACACAACUCCUUCCUGAACCACGGAGUAGGAGGUGGGGGGAGCAGCGUGGAGGAGUAUGCCCGUCGUUCGGGGGAAUUCAUAGGCACGCGGCGGCAGCUGUCACUCACAGAGGCCCAGCACCAGCCCACCGUGCCCAGACAGAAUAGCGCCGGCCCCCAGCGCAGGAUAGACCAGCCUCCUCCACAGACCAUCGUCACCAGGGGCCGCACGCCCCCCAACCUGCUCAACAGCGGGCCCUACCCGCGCCCCUCCAGCAGCAGCAUGAUGUCAUCCCCCGACUGGCCCGGCAACGGGGCGCGGCUACGGCAACAGUCGUCGUCAUCAAAAGGAGACAGCCCAGAGACCAAGCAGAGAGCCCAGCACAAACAGGCCCCCUCCCCAGUGAAGCCCAAUGCGCUGGACCGUACGGCUGCCUGGCUGUUGAAUAUGAAUGUUCAGUAUGUAGACCAUGAGGGGAUGGACCCCGAGUCCAGAAACAGAGAGGAUCUCACUCAGGCCGAGAAGUACCAGCAGGAGAUCGUGGUCCUCCAGGAGAAGCUGCGUGUGUCGGUCCAGAAGCUGGAGGAGUACGAGGCUCGUCUGAAGGGUCAGGAUGACGGUGCUCAAAAGGUUCUGAUGGAAUACCAGGCACGGCUGGAGGAGUCUGAGGAACGCCUGAGACGACAGCAGGAUGACAAGGACCUCCAGAUGAAGGGUAUUAUUAGCAGGUUAAUGUCGGUGGAAGAGGAGCUGAAGAAAGAUCACAAUGACAUGCAGGCUGUGGUUGACUCCAAACAGAAGAUAAUUGAUGCACAGGAGAAACGUAUAGCGUCUCUGGACGCGGCCAACGCCCGUCUGAUGAGUGCCCUGACCCAGCUGAAGGAGCGCUACAGCAUGCAGACCCGCAACGGCAUCUCCCCCACCAACCCCACCAAGCUCCAGAUCACGGAGAACGGAGAGUUCAGGAACAGCAGCAACUGCUAGAGUCAGAGAGAGAGAGAGGGUGUGUGUGUGUGUGUGUGUGUGUGUGUGUGUGUGUGUGUGUGUGUGUGUGUGUGUGUGUGUGUUGGCUGGUGCUUGUAGAGGACACUUCCUUAUAUGGACACUACAUGGUGAGGAGAAUGUGAGUGAGGAGACCACUGCCAGGAGCCAAGCGAGGAGGUGGGACUUCAGUUUGACAGACAGCAGACCAGGAAAGAGACAGCAAAUCAAUGGACAGAGCUGAACACCAGAUGUGCCCUGCAGAGGAGAAGCCGGGACACGCUGUAGAUAUGAACUGAACUCUCCGUCAAUCAAUCGACUUGGAUGUUUCCAUUGGAUGUAUGCAGUUGCUGGGACAAUUUCAGGCUCUCUUCCCUAAAGCUUGGGUCAAACCACUAUAUAAUCAACACAUUGUCUAUCAGAUAGUCACCCAAAACCUCUUUACUCUCCUCUUCUCUUCUUCUCUGUUCUCCUUUCCUUUCCUCUCCUCUUUUCUCUUCUCCUCUGUUUUCUCUCCUUUCCUGACGUCCUCUCUUCUUCUCUCUGUUAGGAGCAGGUUACGUGAACCUUGUACAAAACAAUAACAAAAACAAUGGUUUAUUUAGAUCUUAUCUCAUUCUUUUAAAAACCAAAUAGGAGCUUUGAAAUAUUUUUUGUCCAAACUGAUUUUUAAGUCCUUGAGUGUGUUCCAAAGUGCCCCACUAUCCCCUACCCCCAUGUCCCCUACAUAGUGCACUUUGUGAAAGUUAUUGGUACAUGAAACGCCUUAAGUAAGGAACACACCUCUACUUUGUCCUUCAGCCCCCUUCUUCCUGCCAUAAAAGGCACAACUUAUAAUACUGUGGAUUUGUAAAGGAAUAAAUAUAUUGUAUAAAUACAUCACGUAAUGUAUUAUAAACCCUAAAUAAUGAACUAUAUGUGAGACUAUAUUAAUGAUAUUUAAUAUAGAUGUAUGCAUAUUUAUUUUUUUCCUCUAUAAAGUAUACAUGAGAUAUAGUUAUAUUUGACCAUGUCAAAUAUGAAAGCAGCCCGUUCCAAGGGGUGGCUGGUUGAGCGUUUGAGGUGUAUUUUUCCUGUUUGAAAGACUGCAGCUAUACUGUGUAUUAUAGGGCAUAAGGGGAGAGACUGCACACUAUGCAGUGAGUAGCACCAUCAACAGAUGAAAUAGUUAGAAUGCUAUUUUAUUUCUUCUUAACCUUUAGUUUAUCCAGGUUUUCUAGACAGACCUGGUUGGGUCGAGGUUUGCUUUAGUCCUUCAUCAUUAAUGUUGAGUCAACGUUGAAACAAUGUCGUAUGUUGGUUGUGUGUCCCUCUGCAUUUGGAGCUAUAGGACUGGCUCAUUGUACUGGCUGGAAUGGAAUGAAUGGAGUCAAACAUGGUAUCAAGCACAGGGAAACCACAUGUUUGACUCCAUUCCAAAACUCCAUUCCAGCCAUUACAAUGAGCCUGUCCUCCUAUAGCUCCUCCCACCAGCCAUGGUUGGUCUCAUAGCCCCUGUCAUACAAGGAGAGAGAGAGUUGUGUUGUUUAACACAACAUUAUACUAUACACUGGACUGGUGUCGGUCACGUGACCUCACAGAUUAGAAUAUUACUUUUUCUUAAAACUCUUAAGUAAGAAUGUUACUCUUAAAACUCCUGUUUGCUAAUUAAUGUCAAUGAAGCAUGCUGCAUCGAGACUGUGACCCCCACUUCGCUUUCAAGCAUCUGUCUCCCCUCUAUUUCUCUCCUCUUCUCCUUCAUUCCCUCUCUCCCUCUCUCUCGCUCUUCUGAAUGUGAAGAUGCUACUCAAACACAGUUGGUCUUAAUAUUGGGUGUAUAAGUCCUUCUGAAUGAUCCUAUAGCUGCUGUUCGGCUCGCCCCCACCAGACAUUUCAGCAUCUAUAUUUGGUAUAUUUUUCUAUUCCUUUUUCUUACCUUUACAGAUGAAUUAAUAAGAGUGAUGAAAUCUGCAUGCUUCAUUUUGGUGCUAUAACCAAUGGUAGCGCCAGACUGUGUCAGCUUUUGUUUUCGGUUGCCAAUAUAGGAAGAUGAUGAACUUUAUGAGUUGCUGCAGAAAUAAACAUAUAUAAUAUGUGAUUAUAUAUCCUAUUAUAUACAGUUUCCAGUCAAAA